AUGGCCGAAAGUCGGUUUGAUAAGGAGGCGGCGGAGUGGGAUACGAAUCCCACGGUCAAAGAGGCCAGCGAGCGUGCGCUGGAGGCCAUUUUAAAAUAUUGUCCGCAGUUACAGGACGAUCGACGAGAGCUCUCCGCCAUCGAAUUCGGGUGCGGGACCGGCCUGCUAUCCCUCCCCUUUUCCCGCCAUGUGGAAUCUCUGGUCGCCGUGGACCUAUCACACGGCAUGGUGGAAGCGCUGAAGCUGAAACUGUCCGUCGCCAAUCCGGAAGCGUCGAGCAAUAUCCGACCGGUCUGCGCGUUGAUCACCGACCCAGACGAUCCCGCCCUCCAGGACGACUCAAACGGCGGCGCGCCUAAGCGGUUCGAUCUGCUGAUCUCGAACCUCCUCCUUCACCACAUCCCCGAACUCCAGCCGUUUUUGAAAACGAUGUUCGGCGUGCUCGCCCCCGGCGGCGUGGCGAUCUUCCUAGACUUCGAGAAUUUCGGACCCGCGGCCCGCAAGUUCCAUCCGGAGUCGAAGAUGGAAGGGGUGGAGCGGCAUGGGAUUGUGAAAGAGGAGAUUGAGGAACUGAUGCGGGCGGCGGGGUUCUCGAACGUCCGGGUGGAGCGGCCGCAUACGCUGAAGAAGCCAAUAGACGAGGGUGCGGGGACGGGAGAGUUUCCGUUUCUGGCGUGUUUGGGGGGAAAGGCCAUAUAA